GCAGGGGCCCAGGAACCUGCCACCUGCCCACGCACCCCUUCCUCCCUCCGGACCUGGUGUCCACGUCUCCAGCUCCUUUCUCCUUCAGCCCCAGGCAUCAUGGAGACCUUAGAGUGGGGGGGCCCCCCUCUCCCAGAACGGAAGGUUGCAGCACCCACAGGAAAACAUGACACAUCCCCCAACUGUCCCGUGUGGCCACAUCCCUCCCCUCAUUGAACUCACACCCUGGCCUCCUGUGCCAACCCCAACUCUGAACCCCCAAGCCUCUCUGUCCUCUCUUCCGGGAAGCCCCCCCUCUGGUGUUGAGCAAGGCUCCGAGGGUGAGAGCUACAGAACCCGAGACAGCAAGGCAGGUUCUGAACCACUGACCAAACCACUGAUGACACCCUUCCCCACCAGACACUAGACCCAGGAACCCAGCGCUCACCCCCAUGGAGCCCUAUCGGUCCCUGGCCCUGCUGGCUGGCACCCUGGCCCUGGUCUUUGCCUUGGUUGCUCUGAGCACGGAUUUCUGGAUCGUGGCCAUCGGGCCUGGCUUUUCAAUUCACUCGGGCCUCUGGCCGCAGGGGCAUCUAGUAGAAGCCUUCAUCCACGUGACGCAGUCCUUCAGCAUUCUAGCCGCCCUGAAUGGCCUGAUGUCUCUGGGCCUCCUGGUCUUGUCCUACAUCCCCUCACUGUCCGCCCCGGGCCGUGGCCCCCGGAUCUCGGCCAUCCAAGCCUUUGUUUCAGCCCUCUUCAUGCUGGUGGCCAUGGCCGUCUACACCGGUUAUCACUGGAGACAUCAACACCCCCAGAUCCAGUUCUUCUUCUCCUGGUCCUUCUACCUGGGCUGGGUUUCAGUUCCUCUCUGGCUCAUUGCAGGGAGCCUGGGUCUGGUCGCUCACUCCCGUGCCCCUCGGCCUGGCUACGACCAAGUGUGAGCCCAACAUGUGAGCCGAAGGUGAGGACAGCAGGUGGGUUGGAAAGCAUCAUCCAAGCCUCAUCCGGAGCCAUGGGGAUCACCUGGCCCUCCCUCGGCCCUCACCCCCCAGCCCUUCCAUAGCCCCAUUGUUUGUUUAUUCAUCCUUUCAACAACGAUUUGCUGCAG